CUUCUUGACCGAGAGCAGACCUGCACCUCACCUUGCUGAGUUAUCUCAACUUUACGCGACAAGAAUAACAGGGCGCCAAGUUCCAACAUCACAGUUGCCAGAAUGCCUCCAGAUUCUCUAUUGGACGAAGAUGAAUCAUACGUAUCCUCGGAAGACUCAGACUUCGCUCUGGAUGAUUCGCCCGACCAGACUUCCGAUCACUCUGACUUAGAAGAUCACAGCGACAAAACAGCCAACAAACGAAGUCGCCCACAAGACGAAGCCGAUGCAGGAUAUGACAACUCAGGUGAUGAGGCGAUCAUAAAAAGGGGCGAAAAGCGUCGUAAGAAAACGCAAGCAAAAGGCGUGCGUGAACACGACGAGGGUGAGGGCGGUCUGAUCAAGACUCGUAGACAGCGUGCCGCUGAGUAUGUCUCUGAUAUCUGGAUCCCUCGGUGCGUUUUACUGACAAGGAAUAUCAGGAAAGAAGAGCGUCAAUAUGCGACAAACAACGAGCCAGUCACUGUCGAUGUUGAUGCGCUAUGGGCGCAAAUGAUAUCCAAACCACCAACUCCAGAAAGCAAGGACGAUCGACCCAACGACGCGGAUACAAGUACCAACUUCAUUGACAAGCCAAACGACUCAGCUAAAAAAAAAUCGAAUUCAACCAUAUCCGACCAGUCAUCAACAAUGAUUCGCAUCAAACGCACGUAUAACUUUGCUGGUCGAAUUCACAUAGAGGAAAAGCUGGUUCCGCGUGACUCAGCCGAAGCAAAGCUUUAUCUUGCCUCACAAGGUCAAGAGGCGCCCAAGGAUAGCCCUGAAAAGCGCGUUACCAGAAAGGCGUUCCGAUCAGCUUUCGAGCCUCAGGUAGAUCUUCUUCCCCAUCGGGCAGAUCUGAAUCUCGGAAUGGCCGCCCGGAUCAAGGCUGGCAAAGAAGCACAAGCCAAGAAACUAAAUGUUGUCGAGAAGAGUCGUAUGGACUGGGCUGGUUACGUGGACAAGGAGGGCAUCAAGGAUGAGCUUGAGUUGGCUGGCAAGUCCAAAGAUUCAUACAUGGCCCGAGAAGACUUCUUAGCAAAGAGCGAGGCGCUAAGAGAAGAGGACUCGAGAAGGGCAAGGCUCGCUGGAAAAGCUUGAUCUACCUAUCCUGUAUUCUUGGCGUUUUGGCACGAUACCAUGGGACUUAGCAUCACUUUCAAUAGAUUUCAGGCGUUAGAAGGUAGGCAUAUUGGCCUGCCAUUGGACCAGGCAUGCGUAAUCAAUAUUGGGUACAUCAAACGGUCUCCCAAAUCCUACUAUCUUUUCUUGAUUCUUA